AUUAUUUGUACGAAUUCUACCAACUGAAGAUUUCUCUUCCUUCUCAAGCUCACCUUCUACUCUUUUUAUAUUUGAAACUGUAGAAUAAUUAAUGAUGAUCAUAAUGAAAACUUCUGAUCUGCCACCACCACCACGACCACCACCACCACCUGUCUACGUUGGACAGAAAACGUUCGGCAAAAUGAGCGAAGAUGCAAACGAGCAGCAUAAAGUUCUACAAGUUCAAUUUCUCGCAGCAAAGUACAAAUCUCAACUCUGUGAAACGAACGACGAUCAGCAAACGAAUUUCGAUAUUUCGGAUUCGAAAACUGUUACUAUGAAAGUCACCGCUCAGCAAAUCAAUUCACAUGGAAACAAUUGUAUAUUCAUCUGUCGUUAUCUUUCAAUCGAAGAUCAAGACCAAGAUCAAGAUCCCGACAACGACAACGACUUGAAACUUCCCAAGGUAUUUAUUGCCAAGGAGUUUGGGGAGAACAAAGAUGAACUUGUUACUUAUGAGCAUCUCGUAUCUUUACAAGGCGUUUAUAUUCCUAAAUGCUUUGGGGAAAUCCAAUGGAAGGAUAAAGAGGAAGCAAUACAUCAAGGAUUUGCGCUCGAAUUCUUAGAGGGGUUUCGAAGUUUGGAGAAUAUUAAUGCCAAAAACGAUGUUAUGUAUUGGAAAUACAAAAAGGCUUUGGAAGUUAUUGGAAGCAAAGAGGUAUUUCAUGGGGAUAUUGCAUUUAGGAAUCUUAUGUGGCAUCCAGAGAUCGAAGAUAUAAGGGUUAUAGAUUUCGAAUAUGCAAAGAUAUUAUCUGAAGAGUUGAAAAGAGAUGGAAGCUCGAUUCAGAAACAGAACUUUAUCGAUUUAGAGAGCAUCUUCGAUGUGAAAGAUAGCGAUAUCAUUCGUGAAUAUUUGCCAACUAUAUACUCCAAACCAAUAUGGAUGUUGGAUCCACCAGUCGUGCCGUCUAGGGAGAUUCUUGAACAAUUUUCAUAGUGCCCGCCCAAGAGAGAUGAAUGAUUGAAGGGAAGCAGCAUCGUAUUUAAAGAUUGAUAUACUUUUAAAAAAGUUGAUUGUCACUCAAUGUUUAAUUUCCACAAACAAUUAAUGUCAAAUUUAUUA